AUGGCGUGGCUGUGGCUGUCCUUCGUCUUGCUUCCUGCCCUCAUGGUGCCUGUGACAGCCAACCUGGCCCCAACUUUCCUGGCUAACAUGUCAGUAGUGACUCUGGCUGAGGAUAUUCCAGUAGGAACUGAGGUCUUCUGGCUGGUGGCAGAAGACCCAGAUGGUGACCCUCUAACCUAUGGGAUUAGUGGUUCCAAAGCCUACUUCUUCACUGUUAACAUGACCACUGGGGAAGUGAGACUGGCCAGCCCUCUGGACUAUGAGACAAAUUUCCAAUUUUCCAUCACCAUCUUUGUGGAUGACAAGCACAACACACCGAAGUCAUGUUUUCCUGACUUACCAGGGCUUUCCCACCUGCAGGUGCAGAAAACUAUGCUGGUACUUGUGGAAGACAGAAAUGACAAUGCUCCUGUCUUCCAGGACAUCAACUUCUCCAUCAGCAUCAAUGAGACUCUGCCAGUUAACUCCGUGGUGACUACUGUGAAGGCUGUUGACAAAGACACGGGAUAUGGUGGCUUGGUGGUGUACUUCAUAGAGAAGGUCCUACCUGACACUGCAGACAACCAGCGCCUCUUCAAGAUUCUGGACAAUGGCUCCAUCAUCCUCAAUGGACAGCUCAGCUACAACAACAAGAGCGCCUUCUAUCAGCUGGAGCUGAAGGCUUGCGACUCAGGUGAAAAUGGCAAGGACAACUCUACCGUCCUGUGCUCCCCCAAUGUCUUCCUGUCCAUCUCAGUGAUUGACCAGCCUGACCUGAGUCCCCAGUUUGUCAGGGAUUUUUACAUGGCCUCUGUGCCUGAGGAUGCACCCCAGGGAACCUCUGUGCUGAAGGUGGAGGCCAUAGAUGGAGACAAAGGCAUCGGUGACAUGGUGACCUACAACAUCUCCAACUCCACAAGGCCAGGAUGGUUUGGCAUUAAGAAUGAUGGGAUCAUUAUAGUCAACAAUUCCCUAGACCGUGAGCAGCUACUGGAUGAGGACGAGGAGGUGCAGGUGCAGGUCACGGCCACUGAGAAGAACCCCAAUAUCUAUGGGCAGCACGACAAGGCUAGCAUAUGGGUCACAUUGAGGGUAACAGACGUGAAUGACCACAAACCUGAGUUUUACAACUGUACUCUUCCAAACUGCAUCUUCACACCCCAAGAGGCCCAAGUCAACUUCAUUGGCUCUGUGUAUGAGCAUGCCUCAGCCCGCAUCCCCAUUGACAAUCUCACCCUGGUGGCUUAUGACCCAGACAAGGGCAGCAAUGGCACCUUCUUACUCUCCCUGGAAGGCCCUAACGCUGCAGCCUUCAGUGUCUCACCCGAGCGGGCUGCAGGCUCAGUGGAAGUGCAGGUGCUCGUGAGGGUGUCAACGCUGGUGGACUACGAGACUCAGACAGUGAUGGUGGUGCAGGUGGUUGCCACUGACUCAGUCAGCAAGAACUCUUCCAUUGCUACGGUGACCAUCCAUGUCAUGGACAUAAACGACCACCGGCCCACAUUCCCACAGAGCCUGUAUGUCUUCACUGUGCCAGAGCACUGUAAUGAUAGCUAUGUCAUCACCGACAGUAUUCACGCCACUGACCCCGACACGGGUGAGGGUGGCCGCAUCACCUACAGCCUGCUCCAAGGAAAUGGGGCGGACCUCUUUGCGGUGGACCCAAACACCGGGACAUUGACGGUGAGAAACGGCACUCUGCUGGACCGUGAGAAACAAGCUGUGUACUACCUCACGCUGCAGGCCACAGAUGGUGGGAACCUGUCCGACUCCACCAUGUUACAGAUUAUCCUGCAGGACAUCAAUGACAACAAACCUGUGGUUAGCGGCUCCUACAACAUCUUUGUCCAGGAGGACAGGGACAAUGUCUCUGUGACCAUCCAGGCCUUCGAUGAGGACGAGCCUGGCACCAACAACAGUCUCCUGCACUUCAGCCUGCUGCCCGGUCCCUACAGCAGCAACUUCUCAGUGGACACCGAUACAGGGCUCCUCACAAACCGGGGACCCCUGGACCGAGAGGCCAUCGACCCUGCACUAGGGGGCCGCAUUGUGCUGAGCGUGUGUGUGGCUGACAGUGGCGUGCCUGUUUACAGUACAGUGGUCAAUGUUACAAUCAAUGUAGAGGACAUCAACGAUAACCUGCCCAUCUUCAACCAGUCCAACUACUACUUCUCAGUGAAGGAGAGGGAAUCAGGAGCACCAGUGGGUGUGGUGGUGGCCCAGGAUGCAGACCAGACGGAAGUCAACAACCGCAUCAGUUUUAGCCUUUCAGGGACUGGCUCCAACAACUUCAUGAUCCGAGGCUCACUGCUGGGGUCUGGGUUUGCCAUGGGCCAGCUCCAGCUGCCCCUAGAUGUGAGUCUGAACUACGAGACACAGAACUCCUUCAUUCUCACAGUAAAUGCCAUGGACCCAGACCCCCAGGCUGAGACCACAGCAAUUGUCUACGUGACUGUGAAGGAUGUGAAUGACGAGCCACCUACCUUGAACCCAGCCUCACUUCAGGGCAUCAGCGUGGCUGAGAAUGGCUCAGAGUAUGGCAUAGUGGCUCAGGUGGUUGCCGAGGAUGUGGACACCGAGGCCAAGCUGGAGGUCCAGCUUAUGAACGUCAUUUGUACCAAGGCAGGAGUUGAUGUGGGCAGCCUGUGCCGUGAGUGGUUCUCUGUGAUGGCCAAUGGCUCUGUGCUCAUCAAUCAGAGUGAGGCCAUCGACUAUGAGAGCUGCGACCUGGUCACUCUGGUCGUGCGGGCCUAUGACCUCAUGACGGACCCCCGCUUCGAGGCCUACAGUAACAAUGGAACUCUCCCCAUCAGCAUCAAGGACGUGAAUGACAAUGCGCCUUAUUUUCUACCCGAGAAUAAGACUUUUGUGAUCAUUCCGGAACUUGUGGUGCCCAACCAACAGGUGGCUUCUGUCCAGGCCAGAGAUGAUGACUCAGGGGACAAUGGUGCCAUCCUGUUCUCCAUCCUUCAAGUGGACUUCCUCUCUAAGGAUGGGACCAUCACCUCUUUCCAGGGUUACUUCGGGAUCACCACCUCCUCGGAGGCCAAUGUGUUCAUUGGCAAUAUUAAGCUGGUGACCAACCUUGAUUCCACUCUCCAAGGCACCUACCAAGUGACAGUCGAGGCAAAGGACAAACCAUCUGUGGGGAACAUCCAGAAAGACAAAAUGACCCUGAAUCUCUUCACUGUGGACCAGAGUUUCCGCGUCAGACUACAGUUCUCUAUGCCCAAGGAGGAGGUGGGCGCCAAACUGGACGACAUUAAGGCGGCUCUUACCCAGGCAACCAGGACUACUGUCUACAUUGUGAGCAUUCAGGAUAUAGACACCACAGCUCGGGCCCGGAGCCGCUCCUACCUUGAUGCCUACUUUGUCUUCUCAAAUGGAUCUGCCCUAACCCUUAACGAGCUGAAUGUGAUGAUCCGGAAAGAUCAGGACUCGCUGACACAGUUGCUCCAGCUGGGUCUGGUGGUGCUGGGCUCCCAGGAGAGCCAGGAGUCAGACCUGCCAAAGGUGCUCAUCAGCGUCAUCGUGGGACUGGGGCUGGCUUUGUUGCUGGUCUUCUUGGUCAUGACCAUUGCCCUCGUGUGUGUCCGAAAGAGCUACCGCCGGAAGCUUUGGGCUAUGAAGGCUGCCAAGGAGGCCCGGAAGACAGCAGCAGGGGUGAUGCCAUCAGGCCCUGCCAUCCCUGGAACUAACAUGUACAACACUGAGCGGGCCAACCCCAUGUUGAACCUCCCUGCUAAGGAUCUUGCCUUCGAGUCCCACUCUUCCUCUAGCGACUUAGACUAUGUCAGCCUCAACUCCCUGGAUGACAAUACUGUGGACCUGGGCCAGGACAAAAAGGAAAUCAAGGAGGAGCUGCCACCCAGUCUCAUGGAGUCAGAUGCAGAACCUCUGAGCCUGGUGUUGUCAGGAAGACAGAUGGACUCUGGUAGCCACCAGGGGAUAAGGUGCUUCACCAACGAUGGCCUAGACACCACAGACCUGUGA